AGGUUUUUUCUUUUGGCGUGUGCACAUGAAGUGAUUUGCACACGCUACUAAAUGUUUUGUUCACGACGUAGCAUUGCAGUAUUACAGUGCAUGCAUUUGGUCCAUUACUCUGUAGCAGAAGACGAAAUCAGCAUAUCACUCACCCACCGUCUCUGAUUUUGUAUUUCGAGGUUUUUAGAACACCAAUCAUCAUGCCUAACUGUCCAAAGUGUAAUAAAGCUGUCUAUUUUGUGGAGGAGGCAAAGGCUCUGGGCAAAUCAUGGCAUAAGACCUGCCUUAAAUGCGCCAACACGGCUUGCAACAAGACAUUAACACCAGGAAACUUUUCAGAUAAAGAAGGCCAGCCUUAUUGCAACCCAUGCUACGGGAAGAACUUUGGUCAAGCAGGCUUCAGAGCAGGAUCUGGUGCAGGAGCAGCAAACUCUUACCAGUGGAAUAAGAAGUAAAAUUGUCCACUAAAGAUUUCAUCAUCUCAACAAAUCAUCUGUAAUUAUAAGAAGAAAAAAAUCCCUGCUAUUAUCAAUACACACCAGAAGACAAACAGAAAUGAUUCAACGCCUAUAUUUCUAAGGCAGCAGAGAAGGUCAAAUGAUAUAAAGUUUUAUACCAAGAUCUUACAGCUUCCAGUAAAGUGAAAAUAAUAUAUUUUAAAAAUGUAUUGCAAUAUGUUAUAUUGAUUAUAAUGAAUUCAAUCUGAGUCAUUUAUCAUUCCUUCUAAAUUAAAAUUUUUAAAAGAAAAAUUGCCAGAAUUAGAAAGAAUUCUAAUUGCUCUGUGCAGACUCGCUACCUAUAUAUUAGCAUUUCAUAAGAUUUUAUUCCAUACAGAUAUAUGCAUACAUUUCUAGUACUGUAAUACGAUUUAACAUUCUUUAAUAGGAUAUCAUUUACAAUUUGCUAAAAUAUAAUGAAAUUAUCAAUGUAAUUGUGAAGAAAUUUUAAAUCUAUUUAUUACUUUUCAUAUUACAUGUGAGAACAAAUGACCAAAUAUGUAUUACCCCCAAAUUAUGAAAUUACACUUGCUGCUUUAUAUUCCAAGGCAUGUCAUGUGACCAAAUGAACAAUAAGGUGGAAAGUUCUUACAUUCCUACGGAACAUAUAUGGAAGUCAUUUUGAGGAUGCAACUGAAUAAGCUACACGUUUGUUUCACAUACAUCAGCAGUAGUUUUACAAAGCUUUUAAGUAAUUUGGAGACAAUGAUGAAAUGGUUUUAUAAAAAAGUUUGAUCAAAAUAGUAUCAUGCUGACAUUGCUUGUCUUUUAGAUUCUUAGAGUAGAUGGAUCAACUAAUAGUCUUGAUUUAUUUUUAUAUUUAUUAAUGCAUGCAGAGCAUGGUCAUAUACGCAGCUAGACAAAGAUGUAGCAAUAAGAAAAAGAUAAUUGUAUAUAAAUGUCAUGGUGUAAUUUAUGUGAAUUAAGGGAAAGAGUCUGAUCAAAUGUUUUUUGUAUUUUGAGCACAAGAAGGACCUUUAUCAUACACCUUUAUACCGAGUUACGCCUUUUUGGCUUUCAGAAGCUGGUAUCAUGUGACACCAGGGGGGGUGUUUUUCACAAAGAUCCUAAGUCAAACUUAACUCUAAAUUGGACUUACAAAUUAUGGAGUGCCAUUUGUAGCUUUAGGAUAAAAUACAUUCAAAAGCAAAAACUCAAGUAUUUUAGACUUUCAUAAAUUCUACAUCAGGAACAUGAAUUUUCCUUGAUAUUAUAAAAUAUGAAUGAAUUGAAUCAACAUUUUAUGCCUUUUGAAAUAACUUUUACAAAAUGUUUUCAAAGAUGCUGAAGGCUUUCCAUAAUUGUUAAGUCCAACUUAGAGAUAAGUUCAGCUUAGGAUCUUUGUGAAACAACCCCCAGCCCUGCAUUAUGCUGGCUGUACUUACUGUCUAUGGCAUUACAGUUACUGUAGCAAUCAUAAGACAAAAUGUGCCUCAACUAUUGGUCAAACAAUUCGGAAGAGAACAUUAAGACCUGCAGUGAUAUAAUUAACUCCAGGAAGCUCCGACACCGCCUCCAGGAAGCUCCGACACUGCCGGUGUCGGAGCGCUUCCUGGAGUUAUGAUAUAGUACGACAAGAUUGCACUAGAAUGAAUUGCCAAGAAAAGAGAUGUAUUGAUAAAUGUUUUACCUCUGAGCCAGGAGAAGGUACCAUGAUAGAAAGACGAUGGUGAAUAGAUUCACAAGCAAUAUGCAGAAAAACGUGUUGCAAAGUCAGGUAUCUUUAGGGCAAGGCAUAGAAUGCCAUGUUGAAUUUAGUUCAUUUGAAACAGGAUGAUGCAUGCAGGCACAGAUCGGCAAUUCAAGUUUUCAAUUAAGGAAAUAGUAUAGUUUUUCACUACCAAUAAUUUUAUACUUUACGACUCAUUAUCAUGAAAGAUGUUUAGAUUUCAGAGAUUCUAUUGUACCUUGUGGCUUUAAUUCCUUCUCAUAAUAUAUGAUAGUACUGUAUUGUAAGGUGUUCAUACAUUAUAUACUGGUAUACUACAUGUACUGAGUGGUUCCAAUAUUUGUACACGUCUGUACUGAAUACCGGUAAGACGACUAUGCAUCAACAUCCUUCUAAUAACUUGGUUUUUAUUUACCAGACUUUCAUGAUCCACCCUGAUCCUUCAAAGACAAAAUUGAAAUGAAAACCAUUGAAAGCCAUUAGUAGCAAAAAUGCAGAGUGGUUAUGAAUACAACUCACUGUAAGACAAUCACUGUACAAUGAAUUUCUACACAAGGGACUUCAUUGUCAUUAUAAUUAUUUGUGUCCUUGUAAUCAUGGCACCAGUAUGAAGUACAUGCAUGAAAUGGUGUGUUCAAGGAUUGCAAAGAAAUAUUGGUAAAAUUAGAAACAGAUUGAAAGCACUUUGACACAAGUGGUUUAUAUUAUCAAUUAUCUAUUAUCAAUUUGCUCUCAAGUGCAUGUCUAUUGAUGUCUCAUUUCCGAUCUAAUUUGAACUCUGACCAUGUGAUGUAGUAGUUCAACGCUAGCCAAUAAUUAUGAUCAUGAGGUGUGAGGAUUUGCCAACAGUGAAACAAAAAGAAUGUUUUUGCCUUGUAAUUGUCUGUUUUGAUCAACACAAGAGGUUUUUCUAUGUUCUUCGUUUGUAUCAAGUACUGAAAUUGUAUGCUCGGUUGAAAGGAGAAAAUGUAUCCCAAUGAAUUAUUAUAUCUACAUGUAGAUUAGCAA